GUGACAGCUCUGAAAUGCAGGACUGCGUACUGCUCAUUGGAAACUAAAAACCGCUAUCUUGCGCGCGCCAACCAAGACUGUCCCGCAUACAACUGCAGGCUCUCCGCAGCCGACUACACGACCCCUUCGACUGUCUUCUCACCAACCGUGGACCACCAUGGAGGAGUCCGAGCUACUGAAGGAGCGACUCCAAGCCAUCACGGACAAGCGAAAGAUUCAAGAGGACAUCGCCAAAAAAAGGACAGAAGUAGAUGAGGAAAAGUUAAAGCUUCAGUACCUCAAGAAAAAAGCUCUAAGGGAGCAAUGGCUCCAGGAUGGUGUGAGUGUCCACAGCUCACAGGAGCAGGAGGCCAGGAGACUGCAGGCCCAGGGCCACCAGCAGCAAGCCAAACUCCUGCAGAUCAACAUUCAGAGGAUGGAGCAAGAAAUCGAGUCCCUGGAGAGGCAAGAGAUGGUGAUUUCAAGAAAUGAAAGUUUCAUCCUGAAACGACUGAGAGCCAUUGAGAAAUCGCCCCUAGACAUAAUAAAGGAAGCAAAGACUGAUGGAAAGAAAGAGCCAGCCCAGAUUAUUUAUUCAGCGCUUCCAGACAUCCCUACGUCUUACAAAUCCCCUGACCUGAAGAAACAGAAGAGUCCUGACCUAGAAAACAAGGAGCACCCAAAAAAAAGCGUGUUUGCCAUGGAGAUUAAUGUCCAGAAGGACCUGAGGACAGGGGAGAGCCGGGUCCUGUCCACGGCAGCCGUCACUGACCGGGGGUUUCAGCAGAAGGGCGUCAAGGUCUACGACGACGGGAGAAAGUCCGUCUACGCCCUCGGCUCGGAGGGCCAGGUCCUCCCGCACAGGGUGGACGAGCUCACCCCGGCGGAGGUCGAGGAGCUGCUGAGGAAGGCCAAGGGAAGGAGGGGGAAGGCUGGGGCAGAGCGCCACGAGCCCGGGUUCUCCAGCCCCUGCGAGCUGGAGCAGAAGAGCCAGGGGCUCCACAGGCUCCAGGAGAACUGCCCGAGGACCCCUCCGGAGCUGUGUUACAUGCGGGCUCAGGCAAGGCCUCUGAUGCCACACAUUCCUCACCCCUCCAAAGGCAGGCCGGAUACCGCGAAUGGUUGCAACCCUUUCUCCAACGGCUAUGAGGCGGGAUCAGCGGUGAACGUGCGGAACGUUGGGCAGUCCCCCUAUCUGGAGCACAGGGAGGACUACAGGAUGGUACCAUUUGACGAGUCCAAGGGCACGAGCAGGAAGGCUCAACCUGACAACUCGAAAGUCGGCGUCCCGACCGACCUGGACUCAACGGAGCCCGUGACCAUGAUCUUCAUGGGGUACCAGAGAAUGGAUGAUGAAGACGAGGGCAGCCAGCAGGGGGUGGGCUACGAGGGGGCGAUUCGGGCCGAGCUGGUGGUCAUCGACGACGAGGACGACCAGAGCAGCGACCCACAGUGGUCGCACCAACCGGAUGACUACCGUGGCCACAGCAACCCCAGAACAGUGUUUCAAGCAGGAUCUGAAUGACCCUGCAAUGCAACAUGGCCUACAAGCGACAUGGUGUACAGUAGUACCCAGCGUAAGGACUCCACAAGAGAGAAAGUGAAGACAUUAUGCACAUCGGAACAACCUUCCACCACAAACAAGACUUCCUCACUAUCACGAUGACUGUCUCCCCAGGUAGUCUAGCUUAGGCCAGCCUAGCAUACCUUUCCCCACCCACAUCCAUACAUCCAAGCCAUGGCACAAUUAAAUACUGUUGAAAAGAAUACAAAAAUAAAAUCUUCAAGGACAUACAGUAGUACUAUGGCAGAGAGGCAUACAGAAUACAGGGAGACAGACGAACACACAGGCGUGUGAAAAUUCACACAAGAAAUAAAGCUAGUAAGCACGAUGAAAUGGUCUGAGAAGAUGAGAGUUAUUGUUAGGAAGAGUUAUUGUCAAUCAGUAAGAACACAUGACAUGACACAAAACACAAAACUGCCUAACUACUAAGUUCCUUGGGGGGGGGGGGGGGGGAUUUGUAGAGUAUAAGACUGAUUCUAAAUCCUGGUCAGACAACAUGUGCAACAUGGCCAUUCUAUAAAUUAUUUACAAUUAUUUAUUGUUGAGGGAUUUCAAAUCCAGACCAGACAGCUCAGUCAUACCUCAUUAAUUAAGAACUAAUUUAAAAACAGAUUAGUCAAGCCCAGGAACUGAGACCAGCACAGACAAGGGGUCACCAGUACCAGGAUUAAGAGAAGCUACUGUACUUAGUACUGUGAGGCAAGCAUGCAUGGGAGCUAUACAGUGUGCAAAGUAUUUCUUUCCAAAAAAAAAGGCCAAUGUCCACAUAUAUUAAUCAAAA